UAAAACUUAAAUACAGGUCCAAGUUGAACUCAUAUGGCUAUAGCUAGCUAUACGAUAUAUAACCCGCUUUUAAAGGUAGGCAUUGUGAGAGCUUUGCCUACUACUUAAAAGCUAUAUAAGGAUACCCCAGAUCCACAGCCCUGAGUAUAGUUUUUCUCUUUCACUUAUUUUCUCCUACUUAGCUUCUAUCAAAACUUUGAAGUACAUAUAUAUCUCUCUAAUGGAAGCCAAAGGUUAUACCCGAGAUGGCACUGUUGAUCUUCAUGGCCGCCCGGUUCUUGCAACUAAAACUGGGAAAUGGAAAGCGUGUGCUUUCCUUGUUGGGUACGAAGCGUUUGAGAGGAUGUCCUUUUAUGGAAUAGCUUCAAACUUAGUGAAUUACUUGACAACCCAACUUCAUGAGGACACGGUUUCAUCAGUAAGGAAUGUGAAUAACUGGUCAGGAUCAGUGUGGAUGACACCAAUUCUCGGCGCUUACAUAGCCGAUUCUUACAUGGGUCGAUUCUGGACAUUCACUGUGUCAUCCCUCAUAUACGUCAUGGGAAUGGUGCUUCUGACAACAGUGGUUUCACUCAAAAGCUUGAAGCCAACAUGCAUAAAUGGAGUGUGCAACAAGGCCACAACUUCACAAAUUUCAUUGUUCUACUUAGCUCUCUAUACUAUUGCAAUUGGGGCAGGUGGAACAAAGCCGAACAUAUCUACCUUUGGUGCAGACCAGUUUGAUGAUUUCAACCCCCAUGAGAAAGAGCUUAAAGUGUCAUUCUUCAACUGGUGGAUGUUCAGCUCUUUCUUAGGUGCUUUAUUUGCCACACUUGGCCUUGUUUACAUUCAAGAGAACUUGGGGUGGGGAUUAGGCUAUGGUAUCCCUACAGCUGGGCUUCUAUUAUCCCUAUUUAUUUUCUACAUAGGGACCCCUAUCUACAGGCACAAAGUUAGAAAGACUAAAAGCCCUACUAGGGACUUGAUGCAAGUCCCUAUCGCUGCCUUCAAAAAUAGAAAGCUUCAACUACCUAACGAUCCCUCGGAGCUUUAUGAGUUUGAGCUACAGCAUUACACUAGUAGCGGGAAGCGGCAAGUCCAUCACACCCCAAUUUUCAGGUUCUUGGACAAGGCUGCAAUAAAAGAUGGCAACUUAGACGCCUCAUCAGUUAAUUCAUCAUGCGCAGUGACACAAGUAGAAGCAGCCAAGCUGGUUUUGGGGAUGAUAUUGAUAUGGCUUGUAACACUAAUUCCUAGCACUAUUUGGGCACAAAUCAACACUCUUUUUGUCAAACAAGGUACCACCUUGGACCGAAGCCUAGGCCCCGACUUUCAAAUUCCAGCUGCCUCACUUGGAAGCUUUGUGACUCUCUCUAUGCUGAUUGCUGUGCCUAUGUAUGAUCGUUACUUCGUGCCAUUUAUGCGUCAGAGAACUGGAAACUCUAGGGGAAUCACACUGCUUCAAAGGCUCGGUAUUGGAUUUGUCAUCCAAGUUAUAGCCAUUGCAGUUGCUUAUGCUGUGGAAGUUAGGCGCAUACAUGUCAUAAAAGUAAACCAUAUAGUAGGUCCUAAACAAAUAGUCCCCAUGAGCAUAUUUUGGCUAUUGCCUCAAUAUAUUCUAUUAGGCGUUGCUGAUGUGUUUAAUGCAAUUGGAUUGCUAGAGUUCUUCUAUGAUCAAUCUCCAGAAGACAUGCAAAGUCUUGGGACAACAUUCUUCACAAGUGGAAUUGGUGUUGGCAAUUUCUUGAACAGCUUUCUAGUCACAAUGGUGGAUAAAAUUACAGGAACAGAUGGGGGUAAGAGCUGGAUAGGCAAUAAUUUGAAUGCCUCUCAUUUGGAUUACUACUAUGGAUUCCUUUUGGUCAUCUCUUGCAUUAACUUAGGGGUCUUUUUGUGGGCAUCAAGUAAAUAUAUUUACAAGGAGGAAAUCGUAGAAGACAAGGAAGGUUGUGUUGCAAUGGAGGUCAAAGCCUUGGACAAGUCUCCUCUAGGGUUACAAGUAUAAUAUUUGUGCAUGAUAUAUGGUCUUGUUAGAUAUAUGUAACACUUUAAUUUGACCCCUUUCAGUUACUCUUUUGGUCAGGCAGGUAAAAGCUCCACUUGCUAGCAGGACCCUCAAUUAAAUAAAUGAUUUCUGUGGUCUUUCUUGGUACGUAGUUGCACUAAAUAAGUAAGAUCGAGUUUCGAUUGUAAUGAUCAAAAUGACCAGAAAAAUAAUAUUGUUUCUUUACUGAGCAAAA